CACGAACCUGCUGAUGCCCAGAGUGCUCACAGGGCUUCCACUAACUAUGCCACAGCCGCCCGCAGCUACUUUGGCGCUGCCCCUGCUACUGCUACUGCUGGUGGUGCGGGAGCCGCCCCCGACCGGCGCGCGGCCGUCCCCAGGCCCGGAUUACCUGCGGCGCGGCUGGCUGCGGCUGCUGGCGGAGGGCGAGGGCUGUGCUCCCUGCCAGCCGGAGGAGUGCGCAGCGCCGCGGGGUUGCCUGGCCGGCUGGGUGCGCGACGCUUGCGGCUGCUGCUGGGAAUGUGCCAACCUCGAAGGCCAGCUCUGCGACCUGGACCCCAGCGCCCACUUCUAUGGGCGCUGCGGCGAGCAGCUUGAGUGCCGGUUGGACGCAGGUGGCGACCUGAGCCGCGGAGAGGUGCCGGAACCGCUGUGUGUCUGCAGCUCACAGCGCCCGCUCUGCGGUUCCGACGGCCUCACCUACUCGCAGAUCUGCCGUCUGCAGGAAGCGGCCCGAGCUCUGCCAGACGCCAACCUCACUGUGGCGCACCCAGGGCCCUGCGAAUCGGAGCCCCAGAUCCUGUUGCACCCAUCCGACAUCUGGAAUGUGACCGGGAAGGAUGUGAUCUUUGGCUGUGAGGUGUUUGCCUACCCCAUGGCCUCCGUCGAGUGGAGGAAGGAUGGCUCGGACAUUCAGCUGCCAGGAGAUGACCCCCACAUCUCUGUGCAGUUUAGGGGUGGACCCCAGAGGUUUGAGGUGACAAGCUGGCUGCAGAUUCAGGCUGUGCGUCCCAGUGAUGAAGGCACCUACCGCUGUCUGGCCCGCAACGCCCUGGGUCAGGUGGAGGCCCCAGCUAGCCUGACCGUUCUCACACCCGACCAGCUGAACUCCACAGGCAUCCCCCAGCUACCAUCCCUGCUCCUGGUCCCUGAGGAAGAAGCUGAGAGUGAAGAGGGCGAGGACUACUACUAGGUCCCCAACCCUGGCCAGUGGGGGUGUGUGAGUGGGGAUAGUUUUUGCCCCUGCUCUUGAAAAGAUCUGGAAAGGGGGAGCAAAGCUUCUUAACAGAUUGCUUUUAAUGCCUUUAGUGGGUGAGGCAUGGGGUGGUGAGACAAACAUUGGAGGAGGGUAAGGAGAGGCAGAGACCAGGGUACAGGGGCGGUGGGACGUAAAGGGGCCCCUGCAGGAGAUGCACGCACCCACUAAGAAGAAGGCAACAGCUGUGCUCUGGUCCCCAGGCUGAGUGGAUGGGGGGAGGGGAGUGGGGUAGAGCUGACUUAAAAAGCUGCAGAGAACAGGUUCCUCCCUUGCUUCCCAGCAGCCCUUCCGCCAGCCCUGAUGGGCCAGUCUUCCUAACUGCCCUUCUGCACAGCUCCUGCUGUUGUUUUCCUUGUCCCCAGUCUUUGCCUUGCCCCAGUUUGCCCUUUCUCAAAAUUAACCUUCUGGGAAUUUCCUUCUCUCCUAAGUCCCAGUUGCGCUUACUAACUGCAGUCCUCUUUGCUGCUUGCUGUCUGCUACCCAGGAGAGCACCAUGGGGCAUGGGUUAGUUCAGUGCAGUAAGAUGGGCAUUUGGUCAUGUCCAAUUUCUCCUGUCAUUCUGGAAACUCCGUAUUUUAUACUACUUUGUGUUGGACAAUGCCUAGCACAGGACUAGGCACAAUAAGCACACAAUAAAGGUGUAUGAACAAACAGA